UCUUCUCUUGUAUUGUAAGUUGAUCUUUGAAUUUGAAAAACUCAUCAAAUUUCAUCUAAUUAAACCCUAUAUUUCUUCAAUUUUGCAUCCAAAAACUGUUAAUACAGUUACCAUGAAGAUCCAAUUUUAUUGGUAAAAAUUAUCAGAUUGUUGAAUUUCUGUGCAAUGUGCAGUAGGAAUUACAGGUUUUGCAGUAACGUUGACGAUUUGAUGUUGAUUAUAUAUUGUUCGAGAUGCAAUUAGUGUCAAAUGAUAGUCAUAAAGACGAUAAUUCGGAACGUGAACCCAUCUUAAGCCAGUCAGACAUUGUCCAAGAUACUGAAGAAUCAUCGUCUCAUUGUGAAAUUACACCGACUGCUGGACAUGAUUGCGACUGUGAUGAUUUAGAAAGUGUUCACAUUGAUGAAACUUGUCUUUUGGUGAAUUCAGACCAACCUCAGUGUCGUAUCUGCCUUGAUAUUGGAGGAGAAGACCUAAUUGCUCCAUGCCAUUGCAAAGGCACUCAGAAGUAUGUUCACAGAUCGUGCCUUGAUAAUUGGAGGUCGACCAAGGAGGGAUUUGCUUUUGCUCACUGUACAGAAUGCAGGGCAUCAUUCAUAUUACGUGCCAAUGUUCCACCUGACCGCUGGUGGCUGAGAAUGAAAUUUCAGUUCCUAGUUGCGAGGGACCAUGCUUUGAUUUUUGUAGUUGUUCAGCUGAUUGUUGCAUUCUUGGGGAUGCUUGUAUACAAGUUUUAUGGGGAGGAGCUCAGGGAAAUGUUUGGCUAUGAAGAGCAUCCUUACGGAUUUUACACAAUGGCUGUUUUAGCUAUUGUUUUGGUGGGUUUGCUCUACGGCUUCUUCAUUGCCAUAAUUUGCGGACAAAGAAUCAGUGAACGGCACUACCAUGUCCUUGCCAAACAUGAACUGACUAAGGAAUAUGUAGUCGAAGAUCGAGAAGCUAGUAAAAGUUUCGAUGAACUGGAUGCCAGCCAUAUCACAGAGCUGAGAAUGUUAGGCCUUUAUUAAUCUGGACUGCUCUGUAAUACUGUGCUCGCUUUGUUUGUUCAGGCCUUGCUUUCCUGUGCAUGGGAUCAGUACCAGAUAGUCCUUUAUGAAUUUCCGCAUUACUGGAGCCAGCAACAAAAUUGUGUUGUGUGUUUUAAUUCUCGAGUUUCAUGUGAUUGAAUGGCACAUAGUAGUAUCAAGCACAUCAUGGCUGUUAAGACGGACCUCAACCUCGCUGUACAUUGAAUAUCAUCUUUUUCUCCAAUUGCAUAGCUAUAGCCUAUAAGAGUGAUUUAUUUUGCCAAUACCUACACCUCUGUUCAGGUGAACCAAUUUUAUAGAGAAUUAUAUUAUGUUAAAAUUUGUUGAUUUGUGAGGAAAUGUUCAACAAAAAUAAACUGGUCAAUGUUUAUUUUCUUGCUUGCUUA